AUGGAUCUUAAGAACCACCUGAUCAUACCCAUCUCCACUAGGCAUAAUGCCGAGUUUUCCGGUGAAUUGCUUCCAAGGUUUUUCAAGCACAACAAUUUCUCAAGCUUUAUUAGACAACUAAACACCUAUGGUUUUAAAAAAAUUGAUCCAGAACAAUGGGAAUUUGCAAAUGAAGACUUUAUCAGAGAUCGACCUCAUCUUUUAAAGAACAUCCAUAGAAAAAAGCCUGUUCACAGUCAUUCAAUGCAGAAUGUUAACAUCCAUGAAGCUUCUUCAUCUUCUGCAUUGACUAAAUCCGAAAGAAUCCAAUACAAAAAGGAUAUUUACAGGCUGCGUUUAGAGAACAAAUCAUUAUCUUUACAGUUUCAAACGCAACAAAAGGAACAACAAGAUAUUGAAUCAGCAGCGCGAGCGUUAACAGCGCGUUUAAAGCUUGCUGUAAAACACCAAAAAGAUCUUUUGUGUACCUUGGAUUAUACGUUGCAGAAACCGGCUCAGAAUUUGGACACGAAUGACCGAAAAAGACGAUAUUUGUCCGAGAUUAUUCAUCAGAUGUGCUCAUUUGAUGUCCAGAUCUCUGAGACGAUAAGUAUAGACGCUCUUUUGGCUUUAGAUUUGGAGUUGGUUGAACAGUUGGAGUCUUCUAUAAUGUUUUGGGAGGAUGCGUUAACCGAUGUUCACCAGAAGUCGCCAAUAAACCUUGAAACGGGUUAUGAAGAAUGUGAGAUUGCCACAACUUCCGAGCCAGUUAAUACCGUGGGUGUGAAUGACGGGUUUUGGGAACAGUUCAUGACUGAGAAUCCUGGUGGUUCGUUAACGGAUAAUGACAGCAGAGGGUUUGAUCAAUACGGGACGUUUUGGUGGAACAUGAAGAGUGUAAAUAGUUUUGUAGAAUGUUUUGUGUAUAUAUAUGUGUGUAAAUUUUGAAAUAUGUUAUGAUGUUUCUGUUGUCAGUUAUUUGUAAAUCUUGAUGAGGGUUUGAUAAGAGAGAUUUAAUACUGGAUAUUCAAUACUUUCUAAUAAUUUACAAUC